AUGUCAACCGGUGCGCUUGCAACACUACUUGGCCAACAACCAUACAACUUCUCAGGCCUGAAGACGAUUGGAAAGAUAUUCUACAUACUGGAUAUCGUCUUAUUCCUCAUAUUCACUGCGUGCAUCUCCUACCGCUUCAUACACAAUCGUGGAUCGCUGAAGCUCAGCUUACAUCACCCUUACGAGAGCUUCUUCUUCGGCGCAUACUUUGUAAGUAUUGCGUUGAUCAUCUACUGUAUGGAACUGUACGGUGUUCCCUCGAGCGGGCCAUGGCUAGUCAAGACACUUGAGAUACUCUACUGGCUCUACGCUGCCAUUGUCAUCCUCGUUGGCGUCUUCCAGUACCACGUCAUCUUCGACCGAAGAGAACUUCCCGUCGCCGACGCCAUGCCCUCAUGGAUCUUACCAAUCUAUCCCUUCCUAAUCUUGGGCGUUCUUGGCAGUACUUUACUGAAGAGCCAGCCUCCUGAUGCAGGCUAUAAGAUAUUCAUUGGCAGCGUUGCGUUUCAGGGUCUGGGUUGGACCAUUGCAUUUCUGAUGCUUACCCUCUACUUCACUCGCCUCGUCAACAGCAACUUACCUGAGAUACCGAAGCGACCUGGUAUGUACGUUGCUGUCGGUCCAGCUGCUUACACCGCCAAUGCAUGCGUUGCGCUCGGUAUGGAGGCUCCAAGACAUCUACCCCCCGACUUCCUCGCCAUCACGUCAUUUCCCGUUGGCGAUGCAAUCAAAGCAUUCGGCGUCAUUGUAGGCAUAUUCUUCUGGCUCAUUUCCUUCUGGUUCAGUGCAAUCGCUACUGUUAGCAUCAUCAUCAGCGCCAAAGAUUCACACUUUACACUCAAUCACUGGGGUUUCAUUUUCCCAAAUGCAGGAAUGACGAUUGCGCUUCUCUGGAUUGCGAAGGCCCUGGAUAGCCCGGGAAUCAAGGGUGUGUGUAGCGCUAUGACUAUCAUACUUGUUAUACUAUGGUUUUGGGUUGCUGUACUCAAUGUGAAGGGCGUGUUGCAGAAGAAAGUGCUGUGGCCUGGCAUGGAUGAGGAUAUGGAGGAUAUCGAAGGGCAUGGUCAUAAGCCUGGUGAUGAGGAGCAGCAGCAAGAUGGUGGAAGUGAGGUGUAA